GUGUAAGAUCUGAACCAGCGGAGAACGCACGGCUAUUGUUAUAUCAUUAUCAUUGUCAUCGUUCGUGGCCGUUCGCGCCGGUCCGCGUCUCCCAAUAUAGAGAACGUGUCGCACCGAUUUUCGUGAGAGCACGCGUGCUUUUUAAGUUUUAAGAGUCAAGAACUGGAAUUUAUUAUUCAUCGUUGUCAACAUCAUCAUCAUCAUAAUCAUCAUCAUCAUCAUCAUCAUCAUCAUCAUCAUCAUCAUCAUCAUUAUCCUCCUCCUCGUUAUAUUCUUUUUUAUCCUCCUUCUUUUUCCUCCACCUCUUCUUCUUCCUUUUCUUCUUCUUCUUUCGAGUUCGCUGGAAACCGCGAGAAAUCGGCUCGCGCACGCGCGAAAAAACGCGAGGACUCCGCGCCGUCAUCGUUCUUCUCGUGCACACGCUUCGCGAUCGGCAGCGCGCGCACGCGCGCGCGCUACCUCGUGUGCUCGUCUCUCUUUGGAGAACGCGUGUCGUCAGCACCGACAGCUAUCGUGUCCUCUCUUGACUGCUGUGCUGUUGCUGUUGCUGACACCUUCUUGAAUCGACCUCGAGGGAAGGUCGUGCAAAGAGGAUGAUGGGGUUACCGAUAUUUUCUCACUCUCCUCCCUCUCUUAUCUGACUCCCUUUUUAUCUUUAUCUCUUUUUUUUCCCUUUGUCUCUCUUUUUCUCUCUCCCUCUAUCCACUAUCUCUUUCUCUUUCUCUAUCUCAUGUGCAUAUAGACGACGGAUCUUUUAAACAACAGAACAUCGAGCGAACAAAAAUACGAGCUAGUGAACACGUGCCGGAAAUAUCCUUAUUUGUUUGUUUGUUUGUUUUUAUUCUUCUUCUUUAUUUUUCUUUUUUCUUUUCUUUUUUUUUUUUCUUCUUUUUUUUUUUUUUUUGUUUGUAAGUUGUAUACGUAUACUUAAACUUGAGGUAUUUUUAUUCAUCAAUCAAAGAAAGAUGAUAGAAAUUAAAAAAUGUAAAUGCAUACGUAUACACAUACACGUAUAAAUAUAUAUAUAUAUAUAUAUAUGUACUUACGUAUAUCAGUGAAGUGUCGUGUCACGGCUCUUUCUUCCGGAAUCAUCGUUGUCGUCGUUGUCGUUGUCGUUGUUGUCGUUGUUGACUCUCUUCGACGAGCGACGAGAGUUUCGGAGGAUCGCGCGACCGGUUGUUGCGCUUCUCUCGCGGUUUAUUUUCGUCUCGGAGAAGGACGUCGACUCGACGAUCAGGAUAUCAAGGGGGGACGACUCGAUGACGGGGAGAAAGAGGAGGAGAACUCGAGACCCGACGGACACGAGGAGGGCAGGAUCGAUCGGAAGGAGACUACGGCUGACGCCUAAUUAAAUCGAUUAGACUUUGGGGUUAAUUGUUCUGGAACGCCAGCUCGCUCUCACACAGACCCGUUACAACCUCCGUCGUCGUCGUCAUCGUCGUUGCCGUCGUCGUCGUCGUCGUCGUCGUCGUCGUCGUCGUCAUCUCCAUAGUGCUUACUGUACAUCUCUCCCUAUCUGUUACUUAUAAGUAGAAAAAGGAUCGAACGAUCUAUUCGAAAACAUGAGAUCGUGUUAAGCUACGAAGAAGAAUAUACAUGGAAUAGAGAGAAGAAUUUGUUGAUCUUUUUGCCGGACGAAUGUAUCAGUGUUUUCUGCUUUAUUUUUUCUUAUUUAUCAUUCAUCUUUGCCUCGCUAACUCGAUCGCGGAUUUUUCUAUUUUCAUUCAGAUUUCACGGAUAUAAAGAGUGUAACGAGUGAUGUGAACGACGCGAGUGUUGUUUUAAGAAAAACAUAGAAUAUCACUUUGUCUUUAUUUAUUUAUAUAUAUAUAUAUUAUAUAUAUAUAUAUAUAUAUAUUUAUAUCACACUCUUUCUUUUGUUCGAUCGCAGUGGUGUCAUUUCGGAAACGAGUCGUUUUUUAUUACACGUAUAAAGUGCCUAAACAAGAAGGAUAUUAUUCGACUGAUUUAAAACGCACUACUACAGACGGAGUACGAUCGAGUGCUCUCGAUCGACAUAGAAAUACGAAGGAGCGUGCGUGAUCUAAGCUCGCGGAAGUUCAUUCGAGUCUCUCUGCUCAAACCUGUCGAGAAACUAAGACGAGGAGAGAAGAACGUCACGAAACAGAACGACUAACGAUAAUUUCGCUCUGGAAUAAUCGACGUCGACGUCAUCGAUCGCAUUGCGAAUAGCUCCAACGAUCGUAAUGACGACGCGCGCUCCUUCAAAUACCGAACGACGACGCUUCCUUCGUGUGGAAAUCGUCUCUUCAAAUUGACGAACGGUGCGCUUCCCGAUGUUCGCCGUAAUUGUUCGACGGUAGAUGGGGUCGUCACGGCCAUAAACCCGAUCACCUGGAACGAGAUACGUAGCCGUCGCUGCAACCCGUGUCCGGUGACAGCGUCCAGUGUCCAGUCUCCCUCCCGACCGAGAAUGUCCUCAAAGAGGAAGUCGCCACCAACGAAGCUAUCGGAGGGUGGGGGCGGUGCGGGUACAGUGUCGAGCGGAGGCAACGAAGAGGAGGAGGACACGGGCUCUUCGGUGGUGACUGCCGCUGCUGUUGGAGGAAGUGGUGGUGGUGGUAGUAAUAGUGGUGCAGCCACCACUGCUACCACUGUUCCUGGUGGUGGUGGUGGCGGCAACGGAGAAGAAAACGCUGCCUUGGAGGUGUCGGUCCCAACAACUGGGACGAACGAAGAAGGUGGUCGUGUUUUGGACGUCGAAGAGUGUUACUCUCAACAGAGAGGAGGAGGCCAGGAGUGCGAGUCCUCCGGGUGUUCCUCGCCGGCGACAACCAGCGAGCCGGAUCUUCGAGACUCGCCUUCACCUUCCUCGAAUUCCACUCGUGCUGUCAAAAGGCAGAGGCUCCUUUUCCUUUCGAAUCAAGAAAACGCGAAUUCCGUAUCUUCUACAGGCCCCUAUCAUCAUCCCCAUCAUCAUCAUCACCAUCACCAUCACCAUCAUCAUCAUCAUCAUCGAGCGAAUACGACUUCCUCAUCGGCAUCUUCCUUAACGGGCCUUCACGAGGCCGCUAGUUCCUCCGAGUGUGGUUCACCACCUACUCUUCUCAACGUCGACUCUUAUUAUCAACCACAUCACAACGAUAACAACAACACCGUUACCCAAAAUAACAAUCACAGUAACAACGGCACUGGCAUCACCACCACCGCAACUACUACCGUUGCUAGUAAAAGAUCCAUGGACGACGUUCUCAAGAGGCUAACCUGUAAGAUGAACAGCGAGUCUCUUUCCCUUCAGGACGAUGUCACGGAUAAUAGGCGGAGUGCCACGCCCCCAACUGGACACAAUUCGCAUAGCGGAAACGCCGGUAACGUGGCGAACAACGUGCCUCCUUCGCCCCCAGCUACAAGCAGGAUACAAAACACGGAAGGACAGGUUCAACAGGACGGUGCAGCGGCCCUUCAUAGGGUCCUCUGCGCCGAGAGCAUCGUUGAGAAAGAACGUAGGCUCUCCGAGAUGAUCCUUCAGCUGCAACUCCUCAGGGAACAACUGCUCCAGCAGCAGGAUCAGAAGUCGUAUCCACCACACAUGAGCGUAGACUCGCAAAAGCAAAUGGAAAUGCAACGGCUACAGACGGAGCACUUGAAACGGCAACAAGAACACAUCAUGCAGCAUAACAUUCAGGAGCUGCAGGCACAAAUGACAAAGAGUCAGUUGAGCAUGUCGGGGCCGCAAUCGUUGAUGUUCCUACCGUUUCUCGAACAGCUCAGGCUACCGGUCCAGUCGACGAUGCCACCACCGCCUGCCACGUCGACCGCGCCCACUGGCAACAAGCAUAUCAACUCCAUCGCCAAUAUGAUCGGUAGUCACCGAGAAGGUCCGAGCUGGGCGACGGCACAUUUGGCUCAGAUGACGACGCAAAUGGAGAAAGAGUCAUCACCUACGCCAAUAUCGUCGGCGGUGGCACCAACGGCGGCUCCUUUACAGGAUCUCGAUGCCCCUUUAAACCUCACCAAGCCGAAAUCCUCCUCGUCGGGUGCGACAGCGUCUUCCUCGUCGCCUGGAAGCGAUUCGCAUUCGACCGGUGCUGGAAGUAGCGGUCAACAGGAACAACCUCUGGCUGCGACAGCACCUAAACUUUUUCCUCCUGGACUUCCAAUACCCAGGAAUUACCUAUCGACGUUACCCUACGCCGGUCUUCCACCACAUCUUAGCUCCCUACCUUCGCCUAUGGGCAAGGUAAUGGCCAAAGAUGAAGCUGGUGGACCUGGAGGUUCCGUUGCGGCUGCGGCGGUUGCCGCCGUGGAGAAGCACUUUGCGAUGCACGGAAUUUAUGGGCUACCACCAAGCGCUGGUGCGAUGCCACCCUCGCCUCAAACGCAACGACCGAUCAAACACUCUGGCUCUCGAGAGGACACGCCACAAGAGGAGCAAGAUUUCCUCUCGUCUUCCCACAUGUGGCGAGACCCCGGAUACAAGGUGCCGGAAGACAUAACGGAAAAAGCUAAAAUGGUGAGGCAGCAGAAAAGGGAGGGUGAGAACAAGCCGCACAUAAAACGACCUAUGAACGCGUUCAUGGUGUGGGCCAAGGACGAGCGACGGAAAAUCCUGAAGGCCUGUCCUGACAUGCACAAUUCCAACAUAUCAAAGAUACUCGGUGCCCGAUGGAAGGGGAUGUCGAAUUCGGAAAAGCAACCGUAUUACGAGGAACAAUCACGAUUGUCGAAGUUGCAUAUGGAAAAGCAUCCGGACUACAGGUAUAGGCCACGACCGAAACGGACGUGUAUAGUGGAUGGGAAGAAGAUGCGCAUAUCCGAAUACAAAUCGUUAAUGCGGCAACGACGGCAAGAGAUGAGGCAGCUUUGGUGUCGAGAAGGUGGCCCAGAAAUGAGCUUUCUAUCACCAGUCGGUUCGGAGCUGAGCUCACAGCAUCAUGCCGGAGGUGGAGGUGGUGGUGGUGGUGGUGGAGGUGGUGGACCUGGUGGAGGAGCGGGUCCAUCGGCGAGACCGUCGGUUUCGCCACCGGCGACGAUUUUGAACGGCGGUGGUGGUGGUGUUAGUGGUGUCGGCGGUGCUGGCCCAAGCUCCGAUCACCCAUCCUUUUAUUACCCUCAGGACAGUCUUUCGCCUACGGACAUGAUGAACUUCUCACCGGAUAAUUCGGGAUCGAUCGGUGGCUAUGACGCCAGUCCACGGCAUCACGACGAAGAUUGAAACGUAGCUGCUCCGGUUGGCCAAGCCCUUUGGCCACCCGGAGCAACAGCGUUACCUUCGUCCUCGACCCCUACCAGCUCGUCCUCCUCGUCCUCGGCGUAUCCAACGGUUGCUGCCGCGGCCGCGGCUGCUGCGGCGGCGGUCGCAGCUUCGUCCACCUCGUCAUCUUGCUCGCCCUCCUCCAGACUUGGCCACGAGUUGUAUUGGUAACCAAAGCUGCGCCCGCGUACUCUUCCUCUUCUUCUUCUUCCUUCUUCUCCUUCCCCUCCUUCUCUUCCUUCUCCUACGCACACGAAGCGCACUCGAGGAAACACCAGGCUCGACCAUCAUCCUUCGUCUCUUCUCGCGCUUCAUCUUCUUUUUCUUCUUACUCUUAUUCUUUUAAUAUUUCUUCUUCUUAUUCCUACUUUUCUUCUCUAGAGAAGUAGAGAAAGAAAGAGAGAACAAGAAAGAGAGAAAUGGAGAGAGAGAGAGGGGGGAGGGAGAAAGAGAGUUAAUGAAAAAGAAGAGAGGUCGGAUUCUCUCUCGAUCCUUUGACACUUGUGAUACAAAUAAUUCUUUUUUUUUUUUUUUUUCUUUUCCUAUCUGUGCCAUCUUUCGUGUAAAAAUUUUCUUUUAAUUGUCUCUUCGCUGCCGCAUCAUCCUCAAGAUAUCAAAAGUUUCGAUAAGAACGAAAUGGAAAGCGAGAUUUUUAACAUCUAAUAAGAUUUUAAAUACGAUGUAUUGUUAUAAUCUAUACACAUAUACAUUAUGAACAUUGUCGUCGGAUUUCUUUUGCCUUCUUCUUUCUCUUUCACUAUCCUCUCUUCUUCUUGAUUUCUCUCGAUCCAUCUCCGUUCGAGACACACGACGAACGCGUCGCUAGUGCAAAGGUCUGGUUCCUAAUCCUUCUAAUGUCGCGUGAUCGCCUCGAAUAAAAUAAUACCACGAUUUAUCCGUAGUAGUGUUGCUGCGUGCAAGAAAGAGAGAAAGAGAGAGAGAGAGAGAGAGAGAGAGAGAGAGAGAGAGAGAGAGAGAGAGAGAGAGAGAGAGAGAGAGAGUGAGAGAGAAAGAGAGAGAAAGAGAGAAAGAAAGAGAGAUUGAGUAAAAGAAUUAAUUACAUUUAAUAUUGUAAAUCGAUCCUCGUCGACUUUUUACUCCGUAUUAAUAAUAUCGAAUAACCUUUCCUUGGAAAAAAAAAAAAAAAGAAAGAAAAAAAAAAGUAAGAAAGAAAAGAGAAAGAGAGACAGGGAGAUUGAGGAUAGAAAAGAGAAACUUAGGUACUUAUGCAAUCUGUUCGUCAUUAAUUUAUUAUUCGAUCCUUAUUUUUAGUUUAAUAUACGACGAACUUUGGUCGAUGACGAGAGAAAGAGAAAAAGGGAGAUAGAAAGGAGUACGCAUAAUGUCCUUUCUUUAUUAUAAAAAAAAGAGAAAAAAGAAAUGUGUAGAGAAGAAAAACAGAUAAUAAAAAAACAAUAAUAAUAUAAUAAUAUAAACAAAGGGAACGUUAUGAGAGGAAGUUUUUAACUUUUAUUUAUUUGUCGGCGAAGACGAUUAAAAAAGUGCGAACGUGAAAGGAUACAAAAAAAGAUGGGAUUUAUGUGAUGAUGCAAGUGAAAGAGAGAGAGAGAGAGAGAGAGAGAGAGAGAAAGAGAGAGAAAGAGAGAGAGAAAGAGAUAGAAAAAGAAAGAUUGAUUCUAUUUGGAUAAUUUCGAGAUAAUCGAGAAGAGGGGAUAUAAUUAUUAAUUAUAGCGUGUAUAUCGAGUCGUUUGCAUAAGAGAAGAUAAUAGAACAAAAAAAAAAAAAAUUAAAAAAGAAAAAAAAAGAGUAAAGAGAAAAAGAAACGAACGAGAGGGCUUUUCGUUUUGAUGGACACGUGGAUGGUAGGGAGCUCGAUGUGAUAUAAUACUUAUGUGCCAAAUAGCGUUUUCGCGGGGCGGGAGGCAAACGUUUCGCGGAGUGUUUCCGGUUUCUUCGAGUCGCCCCUCGUGUGUUGGCUCGGCGCGAAGCUCGAUAAUUUUUACGUCUCCUUUUUCACACUGUUUUUGUUAUUUAUAAUCAGUGCAAUUAUAUACGCGGUACCUAAUAUAAUUUUAUAAAGAGAACGAAAGAAAAAUAGAGAGAGAGAGAGAGAGAGAGAGAGAGAGAGAGAGAGAGAGAGAGAGAAAAAGAGAGAGAGACGAAGUGAGCAUGUGUGAUUGAGCGAGAGAGAUAAAAAAAGAAUGAGUGAGACCGAGAGAAUUGUAUUAAUGAAUGUAUGUGGAUGUGUGUGUGAGAAAGAGAGAAAGAGAGAAAGAGAGAGAGAGAGAGAGAGAGAGAGAGAAAGAGAGAAUGAAAGUGAGAGAAAGAGAGAUAAUUAUCAUCGAUGUAUCUGCGCCCGUGUUCUGUUAGGGCUCGCUAAAAAAAAAAGAAAAAAAGAAGAAAAACAACAGGCAGGCGACAGGUAGAGUAGCUAGCUUAAUGUUGAUAAUAAUUUAUUUUAUGUAUAUAAUGGAUUUGUACAAUGUAUCGGCGAUAUAUUUCAUGAAUAACGCAUGUGCACACAGAAGAGAGAAAGAGAGACACAUACAUGGUACACGUAUAUACACUCAUAUAUACAUGGUGACCACAUUUCACACUGAUACGAGCGUCAAUAUUAUUAAUGUACAGUGUAACUAUAUUGUGAUGUAAUCUACGUAACUACAUAAUAUAUGCAUAUACGUACACCGAUUAUUCAAGAUACGUAGAGUAACGACGUUGAUUGCGAUGCAUACUCUUA